CUCACCAAAAUCAAGAAGUACAGCAACCCAUGUGCUUUACGGAAGAACAUUAUGAGCCAUCAGUGGAUUACCAACCUUCAGAAGAAAAUGAGAAUUUUUGCCUCAGUAACUCAAUACAUUUGGAGACUUUUUGUAUCAGAGAGGAAGCCUGGCUGGAAGAAUCUGUUGGAGCUUUUUGCAGUUUGCUCUACUGUUAGCUUCAUCAUAAGCAGCUUCUUAUUUCUUGGCAUGAAUUCCUUUCUAGCACACUAUCCUUUGGUUUCCUUAGCAAUUUCUGGGUCCACCUGGAUUGGCCUGUCUACUGGGUUGUGUUCCUCCAAGCACAUGCGCUGCUUUGGCAUGCUGUUUGUUCUUUCUUGCAGCUUGCGUGAAGGUAGAAAUGCACUUAUUGCUGCUGGGACUGGUGUCGUGGUAGCUGGCAACAUCCAAAGUAUUUUUCACAACUUAAAGAUAUUGGCAGACAGUAUAGCUUGCAAUCUAGAGAUUGAGCAAUUUUCCUUUAUAAAAGACUAUAUGAAAAUAAUUCAGUGGAUUUAUAAUGAGACUAAACAUUUAAGUAUCCCAGUGGAAGAAGUAGCAUCACUGAGUGACAAAUUCAAUGUCUCUUACUUAAUUUCAGAUGAAGAUUUGAAAAUGAAGUUAAACAGCACAAAACAAGAAAUCCUGAGUGUUACUAACGAUAUAUCUUCUAUACCGCCUUAUAUAAACCAGGGGUUGUUGCCUAUAAUAGGAAUCCUUCUAGUUCCUCUUGGCACAUACCUUUUCUUAAGAAAAUUCUUGGGCACUCAUAGUGUGAAGUUUAAGAAUAUUUACAUUACAAAACAGUUCAUUGAAUUUGAUGAGCACCAAAGGCAGCAACAAAAGCUCUGUGUUCUUCCACUCAAUAAAAAAGAAAGAAAAAAGUAUGUGAUAGUCCCAUCCCUCUGCCUUACACACAAGGAAAGGAAAAGCAUAGGACGCAUUCUAAUCCCUGUAUUUAUUAAUCUUUGCAUCUGGGUUCUGUUUUCAACAGUAGAUUAUUUGCUUUACUGGCUAAUUUUUUCAGUGAGCAAGCAUCUCCAAGCAUUACCAGAGCUAGAGGUUAAUUUGAAAGUCAAGUACCAAAAAAAUGAAAACAUGUUUAUUUUCAACAAAGGAGAGCACAAGACAACAAAUGUUUCCUUUAACUCUUCUCUAUUUAAGCAUGAAUGCCUCCCUAAACCAGAGUUUUCACUCUCCUCAACAUGGCUCCAGCUUGGAUGCAUCAUCUUUUGUCUAAUAAUAUUUGCGUUAUUCUCCACCACCCUGAUGCAACUUAAAAUACUUGUGUCAACUUCAUUUUAUCCCAACAUAGAGAUGGAACGGAUACAUUAUCUGCAUAAAAAAAUACUGAGAAAAAGAUCAAAGAUUCCACAGGAAAAUGUAAAAAGGAAAUGGAAUUCAUUUGCUACAAAGUUCCAUUUCUGGUUCCCAGUAUUCAAGGCAAUGGGAAUGGUCAGGAAGAAAGAAAAAAACAUGAUAAACAUCAACAAUGUUUGAAAAAGGCCAAGUAACCUUUUGGAUAUGUUCACAGUUCUUUGGGUUAACAGGUCCCCGUAUAUUGCACCUGUAUUGCUCUUGCUUUUUAAAAAUAUUUCCAUAAAGUGCUACCAGUUAAUUUGCAUAUUAUAUUUACAUUUUCAAUAAGUAAAAAUAGAUGUCAAAAGAUAGCAGCCUGCAGUAUUUUGGUAACAUUUGGGAAACUGUAAUAAUAUUUAAUCCUAUUAUUUAAUCAAUUUCAACUCUGACUCUGCACUGCCUUGCACCUUGUGCAGAUAUUUAGGACCUGAUUCCCAUUCCUGGUAAAGCCACCAUACAUUGUUGUGGCAGUAUUACCCUGUAAUUUACAUUUGCUCCUACCUAUUUUACAGUAACACCACAGUGUGUAAAGUGGCUCUACUGUAGAAUAGGAAUCAGGUUCUUAGUCUCCAAUCCAACUUUAAGCAUGAGCUGGCCCAUUGAAAUCACUGAUCCUAACAUAUUUUCAAGUAUCUUGCUGAACUGGUGACCUUACACAUAUGUGAAGUGAGAGCAAGAUGCUACUAUUUUGAACCAAUAGCAUCUGACAAGCACUCUGGACUCGUUUUACACAUACAUAAAUGCCACAAAGUGCAAGGCACUGGAAAAUCAGGCCUUCUGUGUCCUUGUUUUCUCUUGGACUAACCAAUACUCUCCAAACAAUUUCAGGGAACUACACUGGUCAUAUAUAAGAUUACAGUAAUCAAAGUUUGCCUGAACCACCUUGAUUCUGGCAUUUCCUAACUUUCUUCUUGCAAUAUUAAUAAUGUUCUGUGAACAUAGGGGUUUUAUUUUUGUAAUUUCCUAGAUUUUUAA